AUGGCUUCUCAAUCUAACAUGCAAUUCAGGGAUGACCCUACGGCAGAAGAUUCGCGAGAUGGUCACUUCAUGAAAGAAGCAUUGUUAAUGGGCGAGAAAGCGAUUGAAUUAAAGGAAACCCCCGUGGGCUGUGUGCUGGUAUACGACGACCAGAUCGUGGGCUGGGGCAUGAAUGACACCAAUAGAUCCAUGAAUGGAACCAAACACGCCGAAUUUAUCGCGAUUGCACAGAUGCUGCAAAACUACCCGAGGUCAGCGCUUCAAUCCACUGACCUCUAUGUCACCGCGGAACCCUGUGUGAUGUGUGCCUCUGCAUUGAAGCAGUAUCGCAUACGGAAUGUGUACUUCGGCGCAGCCAACGACCGAUUUGGAGGGACCGGCGGUGUUCUCUCGCUACACUCCGACUCCUCAAUUGACCCCAAGUAUCCCGUCUACGGCGGACUGUUCGAGAAGGAGGCCAUCAUGUUACUUCGCCGAUUUUAUAUCCAAGAGAACGAGAAAGCGCCAAACCCCAGACCGAAAAAGAAUCGUGAGCUGAACUCGAGGACAUCACAAAUGAGCCCAUUACCUGGCACUGGGCAGUCACUACCAACCCGUGGACCAACUAGAUAA